CCGAUGUUAACUUAUAGAUUUCAGAACUAUCGGAGUAUUUCACUUCACGAUAGUUUUAACUCUAUAAUGUUUUCAAAUGGUAUUAAUUAUCCCUGACUAAAAUGAGACCAUUAUUACGGACACGUUAGAAGGAUUUGUCGUUCUAAUUGACUUUGAAUGAGGGUUAAUAUUAAAUUAUAUGAAUGGUGUAUGAUAAAUACGAAGCUAGUGGUGAAACAAUAAAAAUAUGUAAGAAUUUUUAUGAUAACUGGAUAACCAUAUUUAAAGGAAACUGUAGGUGAGAAAGCUGAAUCGUGUAGCGUAUUUACAGGUUUUCAGUACAUAUAUAGCUUAGAUAAAUCUAGUUAUUAAAAUGAUGGGAUCGACUGAGGAUGUAAGUUAGAAGUCAUUCAAUAAUAAAUCCUUCAGGUCUGGUGAAAAGAUUCUGUCAUUACUGAAGUGUGUAAUAUAUUCAUAAUUUACCCAGUUAUUAUAUUUUUAAUUAUGAACUAAUUGGAUUUAAACUCCUUUUAGCAAUAUAGAAACAGUGAAUAGUAAGACCACAUUUGUUACAUAAUGAAGGAUAAAAAGUGCUAGAAGUGAUGCUUACUCAAAACUGUGUUGCCAUAAUCUUUCUCAUGUACUACUUGGCACAUUACGCUAUGUUACAAUUAUAAUUUCCCAUUUUUCGCGAUUAAAACUCUUCAAAAAUGAUAUAGAAGAACGAUGUAUUUUUAUUUAUUACCUGAAGACAAUCACAGUACUCAUGUGCCUUUGGAUGCUGUUGCCUUGGCUAAACGAAAGCAACUUCGAGUGCCAAAGUAUCUAUAUGCUAAAAGACCCAGUUUGCCUAAAUGCAAUAACGGGGUAAAUGGAAUUAGCCAUACCACAAAUUUCAAUGUAAAACAAGCACUUAUUGAAGAUCCUGUACGUCGUCGAGCCUUAUUUACAAGUAUUAUUGGCGGUCCACCGUUUGGCCAAUUUUCACUUAGGCGAAUGCGUGGUUUACGUCUAACACCAAGUCGCAUUAAUGUUGGUGUGCUACCAUACGGUGUAACCCGUAGAUUUUCAGUGAAAUUAGUAAAUUGGGGUCCGGAAACAGCAUAUUUUAAAAUUAAACAACUACCAAUUCAAAGUGGGAUACGUGUUUUUUAUACUCCGGGACCAAUUCCAGCAGGCUUAACUCGUCGAUUAACAAUUGAAGUAUCGAAUCAACGUCAGGACCGACUGGAAAGCUACCAUCUAACCAACAGAUUGAUGACCGAGGACUAA